UACGAUCUUUGUCAGGUUCAACAGCUGGGUGGAACUCCGACAAAAAGUUGCCUCUAUGACAUUUUCCACAGGGAUGGCAGUUUGACUGCGCGUUGUGAGACAAGCUAGCUGGUGUGUCGAGUGUUUAUUUCCCCCGCUGUGCCAUGGAUUUUAACGUGAAACGGUUGGCCGCAGACGCCGGUACAUUUCUGAGCCGCGCAGUACAAUUCACGGAAGAGAAGCUGGGCCAGGCUGAAAAGACCGAGCUGGAUGCCCAUUUGGAGAACCUUUUGGUCAGAGCUGAGAACACCAAACAUUGGACAGAAAAGAUUAUGAAGCAGACAGAAGUCUUACUACAACCCAACCCGAAUGUCCGGCUAGAAGAAUUUGUUUAUGAGAAGCUGGAGAAAAAAGCCCCCACGCGGAUGAACAACCACGAGCUGCUGGGCCAGUCCAUGAUCGACUCCGGGAGUGAAAUUGGUCCUGGAACCGCUUAUGGGAACGCUCUGAUAAAAUGUGGCGAGACGCAGAAGCAGAUUGGUGGAGCAGAGCGGGAGCUGAUCCAAAGUGCUGCCAUCAACUUCCUGACGCCCUUCAGAAACUUCCUCGAGGGCGACUUUAAAACCAUCCUGAAAGAGCGGAAGCUGCUGCAGGUCAAACGUCUGGAUUUGGAUGCAGCCAAAACCAGACUAAAGAAAGCCAGGAUGGCUGACGCACGAGCUGCAGCAGAGCAGGAGUUGAGGAUGACUCAGAGCGAGUUUGACCGGCAGGCAGAAAUCACCAGAUUGCUGCUGGAAGGAGUCAGCAGCACCCACGCUCACCACCUCCGCUGUUUGAAUGACUUUGUGGAGGCCCAGACUACGUACUAUGCGCAGUGUUACCAGUACAUGGUGGACCUCCAGAAGCAGCUGGGCAGUUUCCCCUCUUCGUUCUCCAACAACAACCAGUCGUCGGUGUCUGGCGGGGCCAGCAUCUCGGUGCCCACCAUCCCGGUGUCGGCUUCCCUGCCCAGCGUGUCCGCGGGCCACGGCAGCUCGGCGGCUUCCGGCGGAUUCAGCGAGCUGCGUAGCUCCAACGGCAGCCGCAAAGCCCGAGUGCUUUACGACUACGACGCUGCCAGCAGCAGCGAGCUUUCCCUGCUGGCUGAUGAGGUGAUCACAGUCAGCAGCGUCCCAGGCAUGGAUUCAGACUGGCUGAUGGGUGAGCGAGGCAACCAGAAGGGCAAAGUGCCAAUCACUUACCUGGAGCUGCUCAACUGAGACCCCCCCCCCAGCCAUGCAGCCCUCUGGAACCGCCUGUGAGCUCAUAUUUAUACCGUGUUGCAGGGACAGGCCUCACUUUCACUUUUACAUUCAGUCAUUUUAGGAUGAGUCUCAGUUUGAACAGACUCGAGCUGGAGUGAAUAAAGGGGACAGAAAACGGACCCCAGUGCCGGAUGUGUUUUCAACUGCAGUACAUUUUUAAAAACCUGCUUCUUUUGUGUUUGUUUUGUGCCAGAGCAUCUCCCAAA